AGUGCCUGAGAAGCAUGGCGCUCCGUGGUGAGCACGCGAGUGGUCCUGGGGUUUCUUCGUCUUCUGUGGACUGCUCGCGGAUCACGGUGUCCAGGGAGCUACUGACGGCGGGGAGCGAGGGUUCGCGAGGUGUCUGGGACCAGCUGCUUAUCAACUCUAAGCCUCAUUCCAGAAAGGCCUCUACCCUUCAAACAGUUCGGGUACAAAGGAGCCCUUUGUUAGACCAGGUUCAGGCCUUCCUCCCACAAAUGGCCCAGGCAAAUGAGAAGCUGCGGAAGGAAAUGGCUGUUGCUCCAGCUGGUCAUUUCAAUAUUGAAAACAUCGACGAGACGUCCGGAAACAUCAUACAGAUGGACGUGGCCUUAUUUGAGAUGAAUCAGUCAGAAGAUUCGAAAGAGGACGAUAAUCCAGAAGAGAGCUCACAGGACAGUUCUGGGGACAGUUCAGAGUCUGAAGACGACGACUGCAUUCCCUCUGAAGUCACCAUCGAGAACAUUAAGCUUCCGAACACAGAAGGUGGCAAAGGCAAGAUUCAAGUUUUGGACAGUCCGGCAAGUAAAAAAAAGAAGCAGUGAAAUUAAGCACAGCACAGGAGCAGACGCUCCCUGUCCACCCACCCAGGGAUUGGGGGAGCUCUUCCCGGGCUGAUUGGCUUCAGUUCUCACGAGUCACAAAGAAAUUCAUGAAUCCAGGUGUGUUUUAAAUAGAAAGUGCUCAGAGCAUGGCUGCAGAGAGGGUAGUGUCCUUGGACACUGAGAAGGGAAAUGAGAAAGGACCAGAUUGGUUCAUGCAGAUGUCUGCCCCAGCUGAUGUGAUCUAGAGUGUGGGCCGUAACUCCCUCAUCACGCUGAAAGGAGCUGUUGCUCACAAGAACCCGUGGCCAGUUCUGGGUUUGGGUAUGUUCUGUGUCAGGGCAGGCUGCAGUUUGUUACGUAGGACUGGGUACUACAGACAAGCCCAGGAUGGCGGCCCCUGAUAUCUGAGGUGUGACAGUGCCUCUGUUUAGUUUAGGAGAACCCAAGCUGCCUUUUAAAGAUUUGUAAGGGAUAGAUAGCAUUGACAACCUGUUAGAGCAGACUGAUCAUUGCUCCUUCUGUAAAGAGAGUUGAAACCACUGUGUGCUGUAUCAGUGUCUUGUAUAUGAGUGUGAAGUCAUGUUAAAAAUUGUCGUGUCAAAUUGUAAUAAUACUGUCAGCCUGAAU